UAAAGUUAUACCUCAAAUAAUUUAUUGCUAAAAAUAAAUGCAAGGGGUACACUAUAAAUAAGUAAAUAUAAUCAUGUUCAUGCAUUUGCUUUUGUUAAUACACUGAUUCAAUAAAUUAAAUUUUUACUUUUAUGGGCGAAGCUCUGUUUUAAGCCACAAGGAUACAAAGAUUAAUAUGAUGGUCUCUGAUCUUAGGGAACUCACAGUUUAUUAUGUUCCAAGCCCAACAAGAUAUAAUAAGUGUAAUAUUAAAAUACUAAUCACUGGGAAUGCUAUUACUUUUUUAAAGAUAACUUCUUUCUCUUAAGUCCUCAGACACGUUUUUAAAAUGUUAAUGUAUUCCUUUAUUCCUUCACCGUUAAUGGAAAAAGUUUUAUUUCAUCCAACUCUGAAUAUAGUGCAACAAAGAUUUGGUUCAAGUGGUAGACUUAGUCUAUAAUAUUAACCCUCAAAAUAAAGUAUAUUUCUUCUUGAAUUAAUAGCCUCUCUAAUUUUGGCUUUAUCUUCAAAGGUUGUGAAGAUGAGAAAAGAAGUGAAGAGAAUCCGCGUUUUGGUUAUCCGAAAACUGGUCAGGAGCGUUGCCAGGCUGAAGUCAAAAAAGGGUUCUGAAGAGGCAAUGUUGAAAAACCAAAGGCGGGCACAACGAUUGCUUGAAGAAAUUCAUGCCAUGAAGGAAUUGAAACCUGAUAUAGUAACUAAAUCUGCUCUUGGUGAUGAUAUCAAUUUUGAAAAAAUCUGCAAAAAGCCUGAUUCUACUGCAACUGAAAGAGCAGUUGCCAGAUUAGCAGUGCACCCUCUUCUGAAGAAAAAAGUAGAUGUGCUCAAAGCUGCUGUCAAAGCCUUUAAAGAUGCAAGACAAAAUGAUGCUGAAGUUAAGUCACCAAAGAAUGCUGCAGAAGAAAACCAUUCCAAGGACAAUUCAGGUUCAAAUGAUGAUGCCAUUAAGUUACAGCAUGAAGGAGCUAUUAUUAGUGAGCAAAAAGACAAAGAAACCAAAAUACUGGCAAAGAAACCAAUAAAUACCUCAAAAGAAAAAAUAGCAAAGAUGGAACAUGGACUCAAAACAGUGGACAUUUCAAAUUCUUCAUCACAGCCUUCUGAAAAGGAUUCUGUAGUUCCCUCUGGACCCCCAAAGACACCUGCUGACAGUAAAAUGAAACCGUUACAUCCAACCAAAAAGAGGAAAGAGCCUGAUAGCUCCCUUGGUGGUGACAGUGAUGGAGAAGAAUUACAUGGAGAAGAGAAGGAGUACUUUGAUGAUAGCACAGAAGAAAGGUUUUACAACCAGUCUUCCGUGUCUGAGGAUAGUGACAGUGGUGAUGACUUCUUCAUUGGGAAAGUCAAACGGACACGAAAGAAGGAAAGUAGUUGCCAUUCUUCAGUUUUGGAACAAAAAUCCUCCCAAAAAGUGUACCCUGAAGAAGAUAUACUUGAUACCUGUCAGGGUAUAAGGGAUAACAAAAACAAGCCAAGUACAGAAGCAAGGAAGUUUGAAUCAGUGUUUUUCCAUUCUUUAUCUGGAGCUAAAAGCUCUGCAAGAAAUUAUAGAGAGCAGGCUCCGAAAAGCAGCACCCCAGGUCCAGUUUUUGAGCAAAAUGACCCUCAGCUCACGAAUCAGUUUAAGAAGAGUGCACAGAAAGGACCAGAAAGUACAAAACGGCAGACACAGCUGCCUCUCCAUCCUUCGUGGGAAGCAAGCAGGAGGCGGAAAGAGCAGCAAUCUAAAAUCGCUGUGUUUCAGGGGAAAAAAAUUACGUUUGACGAUUGAGUAGUUCUUCUUUUUGUGAACUUGUCCAUAUAAAAAUUCUUUUUCUUCUUUUUGUUUCUUACCAGCCUGUUAUUAAAACCCGUAUUUGAAAAAGUCUCUUUGGAAGGGGUAGAGAAA